AUGAUAAAUAGUGAACAUUAUCAACACUAUCGACCAAGGGGAAAUAGUAAAUUUCAUCAACACUAUCGACCUGGAGGAAAGAGUGAACAUCAUCAACAUUAUCAAUCAGGAGGAAAGAAUGAACAUCAUCAACAUUAUCGAUCAGGUGGAAAGAGUGAACAUCAUCAACAUUUUCGAUCAGGAGGAACGAAUGAACAUCAUGAACUGUAUCGAUCAGGAAGUAAGAGUGAACAUCAUCAACAUUAUCGACCAAAAGGAAAGAGUGCACACCAUCAACACAUUCUACCAAGGGGAAAGAGUGAAUAUUAUCAACACUAUCGACCAAGGGGAAAGAGUAAAUAUCAUCAACAUUACCGACCGGGAGGAAAGAAUGCACAUCACCAACAUUAUCAAUCAGGUGGAAAGAGUGAACAUCAUCAACAUUUUCGACCAAGAGGAACGAAUGAACAUCAUCAAAAUUAUCGAUCAGGUGGAAAGAGUGAACAUCAUCAACAAUAUCGACCAAUGGGAAAGAAUGGACAUCAUCAACAGUAUUGA